UGUUAGAGAGGAUAAACUUGCAUAUUUUCAAAAAAGAUUAAGAUACUUUAGAGGCAUUUUAGGGAUUUCAUGCAUGGAAAUGUAAAUGAAAGUCAUUAAGAAGCUUCUUGGUGAAUCGUCUGUGGAUUGAAUGCUUACUCCUAUGAAUCGUUUGUGCUUCCCACACACAUAUACAAGACACUCUGCCUCUCUUCAUCUUCAAUUUAACCGAUCAUCACGUCUUGCUUGAUUUUUUAGGGAUUCGAUGAUUGAAUGGUAGGAGCAAAUGGAAUAUGCGAAUUGAAUCUAAAUAGGGUUUGGCCGAAUUAACCUACUUCCGGUCGUUCUAUAUUGCUUCUGAAAUCGAAAAAGUGUUUGAUUCUGAUUGUUAAACCUAGAAAUCGAAGGUCUGUUGUUCCGAACACUCAAAACCCAACUAUGAAUAUGGAGAUGGAUAUGGAGACGGAGACGAAGAAUUCAAAUAUGGAGAUUACCAUUAGCAUUAAACCUGAUGAAACCAUGCCACCAUUUCCCAACCCUAAUCCACACUCUGCACAGGUUCAUAAUUACCCGGGAAUGUUAUAUCUCAUUUAUGCGGCGACACUUGUCUACAUGUUUCCAUCAAUGAUAAAUCUUGUAGAACUUAAGUUUCAAAACAAAGAGCGUUCUGUUUUCGAAACUCACGGGGUUUUUGCCUACAUGGCCGUUGUGGCGUAUAUCAUAUCAGUACCGAUGUCAGUGGCUUUGUUUUGUUGGAGAGCUCGUUUUGAAAGCUUGAAAAUGAAAAGUUUGUCCCUUAUCUAUUACAAUAUCUUACAAAGUCUUUUUUAUUUCUCGAGCAUUCUUGCACCUCUCUCGUUUGUGUUGGUGUUGUUCUCCUUUCAUGGGCUUGACUUGAUUGCGUAUUCACUUGUAUUUACACUCUUCUUGGCCAUAGUUGCAUGUUCAUUUAGCAACUACAUUUUUAAGAAGGAUGCACCAAAUUAACUUGGAAGCUCUUAGAAGAAACAAGACAUCGGCACACGUAUGUUAACUAGCACUGAAGAGUAAAAGUCAACAAUUUGACAUAAGUUUGUUACAUAAUAUUAUGUAUUUUUGUUGAAGCACAAUAAAGCCUCCUUAUUCUGUAUAGAAAUUAUAAAGCACUCUC